AUGGAAAGAGUUCCUGAAAAGGAAAAAGAAACAAAGUCAGUGUACUUACCACAUCACGCCGUAGUACGUGACAAGGAGACCACUCGUACACGCAUUGUAUUUGAUGCAUCCUGCAAAGGGAUUAUUAAUAUAUCUCUUAACGAUGAGUUACUAGUCGGCCCACAGCUACAAGAGGAUUUAAGAAACCUGAUUAUGAAAUGGCGAAUGAAGCUUGUUUGUUUUGUAGCCGACGUUCAACAAAUGUAUCGGCAGAUACUAGUGACGAAAGAAGAUGCAGAUUAUCAGCGGAUCAUUUGGCGUCAGAAUGAAUCCGAUAACCUUGAAGAUUAUCGCCUUCUGCGAGUCACCUUUGGUACUGCCCCUGCUCCAUAUUUGGCGGUCAAAACAUUGAAAAGAAUAGCCGACGAUGAAGGCGGUUCCUAUUCACAAGCUAAGCAAAUCAUUAAGGAAGAUUUCUACAUUGAUGAUCUUCUAUCAGGCGCUGACUCUGUGGAUGAGGCUAUCAUCAUUGCGCAACAAAUAACAGAUAUUUUGCAAAAAGGAGGGUUUCAACUUAAGAAAUGGUCAUCCAACAACAUGCAUUUUAUACAGUCCAUUGAAGAAAACAAAAGAUCUACAAAUAUCAAAUUAGACUUAAAUCUUGACGGAACAAUUAAAGCAUUAGGUAUUACAUGGAACUUAAAACAAGACAAUUUUCGAUACAAUUUAAACUUACCACCGAUGGGAAAAACUAUUACUAAACGAGGAAUCUUAGCUGACGUACAAAAGUUAUUUGAUCCACUAGGAUGGCUGGCUCCUAGUACAGUUACGGCUAAAAUAUUAAUUCAAAAAUUAUGGCUCGAAAAAGUUGAAUGGGAUGAAAACAUCAGUGACGUUUUAGAAGAAGAAUGGAAACAGUUACGAUUAGAUUUUGAAAAUGUUAAUAACAUACAAAUUGAAAGAUGGCUAGGAACAACUAACGAUAAUAUAGAGAAUAUACAAAUACACGGAUUCUGCGAUGCGUCAAUGCGUGCAUAUGCAGCUGCUGUUUACAUUCGAAAUAUAACAACAGAAGGAAAUAUUAUGACAAAUCUCAUCGCUGCAAGAACAAGGGUAGCACCACUAAAGACAAUAUCCUUACCACGUUUAGAACUUUGCGGUGCUUUACUUCUCAGCAAACUUAUGAAACAAAUUGGACAAGCUAUGAAAAUAUCAACAUCCAAAAUGUACGCAUGGACAGACUCGUCAAUUGUUAUCUCGUGGCUUUGUGGAGAACCCAAUCGGUGGAAGCCAUUUGUGGCCAAUCGAGUGGUACAAAUCAUAGAAAAUAUUAACAACAAACAUUGGUACCAUGUACAGUCGAGUGACAAUCCAGCAGACUUAGCCUCUCGUGGAAUGUUUCUCUCGGCGCUGAUGGAAAAUGAUCUCUGGUGGAGAGGUCCUAGCUGGUUGGCUGAAAAGGAAAUAAAGAUUAGUAAACAAGAAGUUAUAAUGACAGACAUGGAAAUGAAAGUAGAAAAGAUUAAUACGUACCUGAACACAGUAGAACCUGAAAAACAAGGAAAAUUAUUAGUAUCACAAUUUGAAAAUUUUGAUAAUUUAACAGAAUUAAUAAAAACAUUAACUUACUGUAAAAUAUUUCUAAACUAUAAAAAACGAGAAGAAGUUACAACUAAAAAUCUAGAAGACAUAUUACACAUUUGCAUUAAAAAGGUACAAGAAGUAGAAUUCAAAGAUGAAAUAGAAAGUCUGAAAAGGAAUAAACAAGUUACAAAUAAAAUUCCACUGAAGUCACUCACCCCAUUCUUAGAUAGUGAAAAUAUCCUCAGGGUGGGCGGUCGUCUCAGGCAUACAAACUUACCUUAUUCUAGAAAACAUCCAAUCAUCAUAGGAAGCAAAAAUUCACUUAUACCAUUGAUUAUCGCUGAUGCACACAUUAAAACUCUUCAUGGUGGCAGACAACUAAUGUUAACGUAUCUACGUUCUAAAUACUGGAUAAUAAAAGCAAAAUCAUUAGUGAAAAGUUAUAUACACAGAUGUCUCAUAUGUUCUAGAAUAAAGGCUACUGCUAAAUCUCAAAUCAUGGGAGAUUUGCCAAAACAAAGGGUUACUCCUUCCAGACCAUUUUUACACAGCGGAGUAGAUUUUUGUGGCCCUUUUCAAACAUUAAUGACAAAGGGUCGAGGAAAUAAAACAAUAAAAACAUACAUAGCAAUUUUUAUUUGUAUGUCCACAAAAGCAAUUCAUAUUGAAUUAGUAGGAGAUCUUACCUCGCAAGCUUUCAUAGGAGCUUUCAGACGUUUUGUUGCUCGAAGAGGCAGAUGCAGUCACUUAUGGAGUGACCAGGGCAAAAACUUUGUAGGUGCUAACAAACAACUUGUAGAAGCCUGGAACGAAGCAAAAUUAGACUACAAAGAAGAGAUAGCACAAACACUAACAACAGAUGGCACACAAAUGCAUUUCAUACCAGCGUAUAGCCCGAACUUUGGUGGAUUGUGGGAAGCAGGCGUUAAAUCCAUUAAACACCAUCUACAAAGAAUUGUUACAACUCACCUUACAUAUGAAGAGAUGACCACGGUGUUAUGCCAGGUAGAAGCUUGUCUGAAUUCACGCCCCUUGUGUCCACUAGAUGACACUGAUUCUGACAACUUAGAUGUACUCACGCCAGGACAUUUUCUAAUUGGAGAAGCACCCAUCAUCGUUCCCUCACCAGAUAUGAGUAACUUCAAAAUGUCUGCCUUAUCACGCUGGCAACACACUCAAAAACUUGUUAAUGUUUUUUGGCACAGAUGGCAAGAUGAGUACCUGUCAAGACUUCAACAGCGACCUAAGUGGCUAAAAACACAGAAGGAACUAAACAUAGGAGAUAUAGUAUUAAUUAAAACAGAUAAUCUACCACCUGGAAAAUGGUCGCUGGGAAGAAUUGUUGAUAAGCAUCCAGGUGCAGAUGGUUUUACAAGAGUGUACAGUGUGAAGAGUAACAGUACUAUAACAAAACGAUCCGUAACAAAACUUUGUGCUUUACCUAUAGAUUCAAUGUAA